CCAUGCUCGAAGUGCUCUCUCUCUGUGAGGAUGCCGAUCUCUGUGAGGAUGGCGAUCUCUGUGAGGACAAUACCUAUCUCCGUGAGGAUACCGAUCUCUGAUUGGCUUUACCAGUGCCCGGCGUCUGGCCAAGGAUGGGUCGCAUAUGGUCAGCAGCGGCUGCAAACAGCAGAUCAUGCGGGGACAUGCUCCACUGUGUGGCAUGUGGGAAAGGCUGAGGACUGGCAAGGGCCAGGGGCCAAGGCCUUGGGGUACCUUGGAGGUGUGGAUUUCCUGGUGUGCAUCACUGCAGUGAACCUUCUAGUGGGGAGCACUCUGGGAGCCAGUGAACCGGUGUGGGACAAGGACCACUAGAGACUCAAUGGACCUCACCAACAUCUGAAGCUCUUGACAUGAGGCUGUGAGCUUAAGAAUUAGCGGGCUUGGCAUUCUGGAAGAAUCUUAAGGGAAAGGAGAGGAAGCUAAGGCCGUAAGGGGUCCAAAGCUUUCUCUGUAAUUUGUGUUUUACAGCUCUUUCCUAAAAUAAAAUCAGAUUUGUCCUC